GGAGGAGCUUGACAUCAGGAGUGAACUACUUAACGCUGAGGACAGAGUGAAGGAGACACAGUAAACAUGGCUCUCCAACAGGCUGUGUCUGUCUUAACCGUGACAAUCCUUCUCCUGUGCACAGGAUGUCGAUCAGCGUUGACCUGCGGCCAGGCUCCCAUGAACACCAGGAUCAUAGGAGGUCAAACUGCGACUCCAGGAGAUUGGCCCUGGCAGGUUUCUUUGGUCAUGGACGGAGCGCACGGAUGUGGGGGGUCACUGAUUAACGACCAGUGGGUGAUGACAGCUGCACACUGCAUUACAGGGUCAGGAAGUGAUGUAACGGUUUACCUGGGGCGCUUUAACCAAUCAGGUCCAAACCCCAAUGAAGUGUCACGGACCAUCGCUCAGGCCGAGUGUCAUCCGUCAUACGACACCCUGACCUACGAGAACGACAUAUGUCUCCUGAAGCUGUCGUCACCUGUGAACUUUACCGACUACAUACAACCUGUUUGUUUGGCUGAUGCAAACAGCAUCCUCCACUCUGGGGUCAGCACCUGGGUCGCUGGUUGGGGCAACACCCGCCCUAAUGGGUGGAGCGCCUCCGACACCCUGCAGGAGGCUAAUCUGGAUAUAGUGGGAAACAAAGAGUGUCAGUGCAACAGCAUAUAUGACAUCACGGACAAGAUGAUCUGCGCUUGGGUCAGAGCGGGCGGAAUUGACUCAUGUCAGGGAGACUCAGGGGGCGGACUGGUGACAAAGGUUGGUUCAGGCUGGGCCGCGGUUGGAAUCGUGAGUUUUGGUGACGGCUGCGCUAAGCCCAACGUCCCAGGGAUCUACGCCCGUGUGUCAGAGUACAUGGAAUGGAUCAGCAUCAUCACCGGCAGUGACGAACCAGGCUUUGUUAACGUUUCCUCCACCGGAGUCGACAAAGACUCAAACUUUACCUGUUCAACCACAGCACCACCGACCACUUCCUCUACUCACCCAUACACCCACCCUCACACCCACCCCCCAACCACCAUCCAUUCCACAACCGACGAUAAGAGCAUUUUUGGCGGUGGUGAAAAUCUGAUCCACUUCACUCACUUCACCUCACUCUGGGUUCUUGCUCUAUCGGUCUAUGGACUGGUCGGUCAUGCAUAACAUGGAAAUGUGACACUACCGCAUGUGUCGCUAAUCUUAUUGGCUGCAAGAGUUAAUGCAUAACUACUCUGUGUGAUGUCAUUUCGUGUGAUGUCAUUUUGUCAUGAUGACUUCAUUCCUGACAUAUGAUGAUGAAAUCAUACAAGCUUUAGGUUAGAGUCCUGCACACACAUCUUUACAAAUGCAUUUUCCAACUCCUCCUCUCCGUCACUGAUCAUAUGGAGAAUCAACUUCUGGUCAAUAUAACCUUUGGAUUGUGUCUUUAUAAUUUGCAGAGAUAUUUUGGAAAGGGAUUUUUUUUUUUUAGAUGAUAUAUUUGUUCAUCUUUGUCUGAUCAGCUCCAAGAGUUGAUCCAAAAAAAAUGUGUUAGGUGAAAAUCUGUCAGUGUGUUGAGUAAUUUAUGCCGAUGCUGAUUCACAGGGUAAAUAAACUGAAACGUUUCUCAUGGAACGUGAAGUCAUGUUAAUCACAAACUGUUUGACUUGGAAUAAAACGGACGUUGAUUGGUCGAA